CUGGCAAGAGUUAGAGAUGACUGUUUCUUUGGGGCGGUAGACCUCUUGCAGAAUGGCAUCAAGUAUAUCACGGAACACCAAAUCAAACGUAAGGUGUACCAGCUCUUGGCCAACAAAGCUACCCAGCUCGAGGCCAGGGCCAGUGCGGCGCAUGUGAAGCUAGACUCAGAGAUUAUGGGAAAGAGCUUAGGGCGACUUCCAUUCAUCACUAGAGAAGGCAACCUGGUCCUCUCUUCCGAGCAUGUCAAGCGUGGCGACUUCAUUGCACUAAUCAGAGGAGCGCAAGUUCCCUUUGUUCUUCGACGUCAAAGCGGUGAAAUUUAUCAGCUCAUUAGCGAAGCGUAUGUCGAUGGGAUUAUGGACGGUGAGGUGAUAGAG